GUUGUAUCAGGUAAACUUUGGGUACGACGACCUUUGUUAAGAAGCUUGGCUAUUUUCAUUGUUUGUAAACCGGAGUGAGGCUCAUGAUUGUCCAGUUUUUAGGCCGAUCACCAUUUUUUCCUGGAAUGUUAGUUAAAAUAGCUUGCAUGUUCGCUGUCUUUUUAAAUCGCGACUGGUGUUACUCGACUUGGGAAGGUUUUUAAGUUAUUUCAUCAUGGCUGUAUCUUCAUACUUGAUGCUGUUUGCGGUUAUCUAUUACAUUGUGUCAACAUCAUCACUGAAGACCAAGAAGGAUGAGGUCAUCAGAAUUAAAUCGAAUCCCUACACGGAUUUCAAACGGAAAGACAUUACAGAUAUCGAUUUGGAAGAGGAGGUUAUCGAUAUCGCUCUUGGAGACCAGAGGACAGAGGUUUGGUCAGAGAUCGUUAUGACACCGGAGCUAAAAGCAAACAAGAUGUCACUAAAUAAAAAGCACAAACCUGCCAAGGAACGUAAAAUGAAACUCCACGGGAAGAAAGGACGUCCUCUGGAUAAGAAACAGAAAGAAACACCUUUCGAGAAAUACCUACCUGGAAGAAACUCCAAAGUUUGAAGGACUUAGGAGUAAUAAUUUUCAUUGGAGAAUCUUAGCCUAUUUAGCAUUUGAAAUAGCCUAAAAUCUGUAGCUAAUAUGCCUUCACGUAUCUGUUGUUGUGAAGCCCAUGCAUAAGACUACACGUGUGCUUGUGUGGUAUGGGGAACAUUGUACGAGCAAUUGUGGUAUUUCAGGUUCUCGGAUGUUGUUACCAUGGCAAUCGAUGACUUUUACUAGUCUGAUUUGGCACCCCUUAUACCAAUCUCUUAUUGUUCGCAGAUUUACUAUAUUAUAUUGAAUCUAAUCAUUAACCAAAUAUAAGGAAAUAUGAAAUAGACAUCUAUAUCAUUUUGCAUUUUGUUGUAAAAAAGAAUGAUGGAUCAUUGUGUCUGUUUAAUACGCAUAUAGAUCAGAGAAAAUUAUCAACUAUAUAUACAUAUACAAUUAGGGAAGGGAAGAUUCACGUCUACUUGAGCGGGGGGGGGGGGGGGGGCACUGAAAAAAAUGUGAAAAAAGUAUGGCCUAAAAAAGGUAAUCACUCCAUUCAUAUUUCUCCUGACGCGGGUUAGGGGGCGUAUUAUAUUUUUUACAUCUUUCUAUUGUAUAUUCCAAAAUUGUCACAUUUUCUUCUCUAAAUGGACAAUUGGUUUACCACUAACAUGAAAUGAUGUCACAUUUUGGGUUCUACAUCUUUGGUAUCCCAUUAUCUUUUUUUUUGGUUGGGGGGGGGGGGGGGGGGGUGAGUGGGUCGGAGUGGCAAUUUGAGUGCAUUGUGUUUCGGGUAAUAUGUGUAUUAACUAAAAAUCAUAGUUCAUUGAAUACAGGCCUAUGCCAAAGCGAUUGACCCUAUCAAGUAUGCAUGCCGUCAUCAAUAUUAGGUUUGAGCCUAAUUAUUUUUCCCUUUACAAUAACAUUGCCCAUGGUGUUAGUAAAAUUGUCAAAAACAAUCUUAAUAGCUAAUCCAACUGUCGUUUGAAUUUCUGAUGUAUAUUUCGUGAAUAAAGUAAUAUACUCUUGUCAUCAACUUGUGAAUCAUUAUUAUUGCUACCUUGCUUGUAUUGUGGAUGAUGGGAAGUUAAUUUGUCAUAAAAUAAAAAAAAUGAUCUGCGACUAAACAUAGUUCAAAAAGUAAUUUACUCCUUAAUUAAACUGGCAAACCCUUUUAAAAGAAAAAAAAGUUUUAUCAAAAUACACUCUAAAAAACACAUAAGGCGAAAAGGGUGUAAAAUGUUGGAAGGGGCUGAGGGGAGACGUUUUCCACCACUAUUAAAGGGAUGGUCCGGGCUGAAAGUAUGUAUAGCUUAAUACAUAGAGUAGAAUUCACUGAGCAAAAUGCCGAAAAUUUCAUCAAAAUCGGAUAACAAAUAAUAAAGUUAUUAAAGUUUAAAAUUUAUUAGCAAUAUGUUGUGAAAACAGUCGUCAUGAAUAUUCAUUAGGUGGGCUGAUGAUGUCAGAUCUCCACUUUCCGUUUUCUUAUGUUAUUACAUAAAAUCAUAAUUUUUUCAUUAUUUCAUACUUGUGCGAAUAAUAUGUCUCCCUUAUAAUGAAGUAAGUUGCAGCAAUAAAUAUCUAAUGCACUAAAUCAGUUGUCAAUUUAAUUUGUCUAGUUCUUGGAGGAAAAAAUUUGAAUAAACUUAGCUUCAUAUAAUAAAA